AUGUUGGCAUUGACUGCUCCAAAGAGUGCCCAGAAAGUGGGAAAGUGGGGAGCCGGGUGUCUGCAUGAGUGCCAGUGUGCCAAUGGAGCCACGUGUCACCCAGCUACGGGCGUCUGUGGCCUAGACUGUCCCCCAAGAUUCAUGGGAACCGAAUGCUACACACCGUGUCCGGCUGGUCACUAUGGACCGCGGUGUAUGAAGGCGUGUAUGUGCGGCCUGCGACCCUGCGACCCAAGCACAGGCGUGUGUCUCUGUCCGGCGGGGAACAAGGGACCAAACUGCAAUCAAGCGUGUUCUGAGGGACAGUGGGGACAAAGCUGCUUGAGGAAGUGCGAAUGCCAAAACGGUGCUACGUGCAACUCUGUGACUGGAGAAUGCCACUGUCAGCCAGGAUAUGUGGGCCCUACGUGUGAGGCAACGUGCCCCGCCGGCAGGUAUGGUGUCAACUGUAGUGGAAUAUGUGGGUGCCUCAACGGUGCCUCCUGCGACCACAGGACUGGCCGGUGCCAGUGCCUACCGGGAUUCACGGGUCUUAGCUGCGGUCAGCCCUGUCCCCUGGGACGAUUCGGUCAGGACUGUGUACAAGUAUGUGACUGCAACGACGGUGGUGGGUGUGACAAGGUGACCGGGGAGUGCACAUGUGCGCCGGGGUGGCAAGGGUCUCAGUGCAAACUCAAAUGCGAGGAGGGUCGCUAUGGAGCAGGUCGUGCCAUGAACUGUAGCUGUGCCAAUGGAGACGAAUGUGACCACAUUUCAGGCGCCUGCAUGUGUCGUCCAGGGUGGCGUGGGACAUUCUGCUCCAUUCCGUGCCCAGACGGGUUUUGGGGCAUAGAGUGUCGGUACCAGUGUGACUGUGAUGUUGGCGCGACCUGUGACCCCGCCACGGGAGUGUGCUCGUGUCCGCCUGGCAAACGCGGCCAUCACUGUUCCAACAGUGAGUACUUAGUUUCAUGUCUCUGA